AUGCCGCUCAUAAUCUUCCAAACUUCACCCCACGAAAACAGGGCAACAAACACACGCACCACCAGCGUGCUGCCACCCUUCUCGCGCCCGUUUGACUUGUGCUGCCUCUUUCCCAUCUUGCACGGGCUGUACCCUCACCGCGCCUACUGGGCGUGCGAUGCGGCGGCCUGGUUGGUGGAAGAUGACGCGGGUGCAUUCCACGUCAACACGAGCGAUCCAACGAGUCAGCCCGUUUUGCUUAACGGGAUGAACGUGGACGCGCUGUUGCAGACAGUCACCGUGCAGCAAAGCAUGCUGGAGGAGUACGAUGCGAUAACACAGGCACAACAGAACACAAUUGAUGCCCAGCAGACCACGAUUGAUGCGCAGCUGAGAAGGGUGCGUGCGCUUCGAGGCAAGGUGUGCAGGGCCAGCGCGAGCACACUGGGCGAACAGCUGGGAACCUCCAAGGACAAGUGGCACGGUGCUGUGCUGGCCAACAACGGCCUCAUCUACGCCGCGCCGCACAGCGCAAGUUCUGUGCUCAUCAUCGACCCCAGCACCAACGCUGUGGACACCACGACCAUCUCUGGAUUCGGUGGUGAGCUGUACAAGUGGGCUGGCGCCGUGUUGGCGCACACGGGGCACGUGUACAUGUUUCCGUCGACCAACACCUCAGUGCUCAUCAUUGAUCCGGACACCAACACGGCAGACACCACAAGCAUCCACUCGCUCAGCUCCGGCAGCGAUGAGAAGUGGGCGAGCGGCGUUGUGGCAGACAACGGGCUCAUCUUUGGCGUGCCGUUUUCUGCCGCCUCCGUGCUGAUCAUCGACCCCGUGACCAACACCGCAGACACCACCACCAUGUCUGCCCUUCCUGCGGACACUUACAAGUGGUAUGGCGGUGCUCAGGCAGGGAAUGGCCUCAUCUACUGCAUUCCAACGUUUGCGGCCUCGAUCCUCGUCAUCGACCCGCAAACCCUCACGGCCGACGCCACAACGCUGGGCGGCUUUGAUGCAUCUGUGAAGUGGGCGGGCGCCGUGCUUGCCGGCAACGGGCUCGUCUACGGCAUGCCAGCGCAUGCCCCGACGUUGCUGGUGCUUGAUCCGGCCACGAAUGCCACCAGCACGCUCACCGUCGCUGAGGCGACAAACGAGGGCAAGUGGGUUGGCGGCAUCCUCGCGCCAAACGGCAACAUCAUCGGCGUCCCAAGCACCUCGUCCGCCGCCCUCAUCUUCGACCCCGCCACCAACACCACGGACACCACCUCCCUCGAUGGUUUGCCUGGCGACUACAGCUGGUAUGACGGCGUGCUCGCCCCCAACGGCCGCAUCUACGGUAUCCCCCGCAACGCGGACACCGUGCUCGUCAUCCACCCAGGGUGUUGAGAUUGUUGGAUGGGGGGAGGUGGGCAAGGGGGAGGGGAG